AUGAAUCAGCAGAUGCAAUAUUUACGUAAUGUAAAGGAAGUGCCGUCGCCCUCUGGCUGGACACCAGGAGUGAAAUAUAUCGAUAAGCUUUUUUGGUCUCCCAAUGUGCCAACUGAACUAAGAGAUCUAUAUCAACCAGCAAGGGCGAACGUUCAAGAUCCACGACGUACCAUCAAUUUUAUGAAUGAACAUGUUAAUUUGAUUGGCACAUUUCCAGGCACAAAAGAACAAAGACGUAAUGUAAAGAUCAAAAAGAUUAUCGAUAAGAACCAUCCUUGUUAUGGUGCUUAUGGAUUAUUUGCAGCACAGACAUUACAUCCGAAGCAGUUGAUCAUUGAUUACCUAGGCGUAGUUGAAUAUAAGGAUGGUUAUGAUCCUACUUCAGAUUAUGUAUUGAGAUACGGAACAGAUUUAUCCAUCGAUGCAGGACGUUGUGGUAAUGAAGCUCGAUUUUGCAAUGAUUUUCGUGGUUGUGGACCUGAACCCAAUGUAUGUUUUAUGAAUUACAUGGAUGAAAAAACAAAGCACAUAAAAGUUGGCAUUUUUGUUAAUGGCAAUCGAAAAAUUAAAAAGGGAGAUGAAUUGUUGGUAACAUACGGUAAAUCAUUUUGGGCUAAAAGAGGUAUCGACAUGAGUGGUCAGUUACAUAAAUCAAAACAAUAA